AUGUUAUUCUCAUCACUAAAAGCCAUUGCCAUCUUUCUCCUAGGAACCGAAGCUCGGUAUAUCAAGAGAAGCGACGGCCUUACGAUCCGUAGCAGAUAUCCGGUUGCGAAACAACCACUUAGCGACAUCGUUGCGGGCCCUGUUACCCUACCGCUCAGGAAGAUACAGUCUCGAGAUUCUGCUCUGUAUAGCUUUGUUACGGUGCCUAAUGGCACGACUAUUUCGAUAGAUGCAUUGAGGGGUGGAACUGAGUUCUCGGCGCAGGUUGUGCUUGGUGAUAGCACAGUUGAGCUGCUUGUCGAUACGGGAUCGAGCGAUACUUGGGCUGUUCAGACUGGAUUCACCUGCACUGAUUUCCAAACCGGAGUGCCUACAUCAGAGGCUGUGUGUGGCUUCGGUCCUGUCUACACCCCGUCAAGUACCUUCAAGAGGAUUCCCAACGAGACUCUCUCCAUCGAGUAUGGAGAUCACGAAACCGCCCACGGAGUUUUCGGAACCGAGAAAGUCACAGUUGGUGGUAUUACCGUCGACCAGCAGAUUGCCGUGGUCACGGAGGCGAUGUGGUCAGGAGAUAGAGUUACAUCUGGUAUCAUAGGUCUCGCAUAUCCAGCCAUAACAGAAGCGUUCAGCAGGAACCACACCCGCACACCCUACGACCCAAUCUUCACCAGCAUGUUCAAAGCCAAGCUAAUCUCCAACAACUACUUCUCCCUAAUCAUCGAGCGUAACAUCUCCGGGCCCGCUGGCUACCUCUCCUUCGGCGGCGUCCCACCCAUCGCAUUCACGCAGAACUUCACCGCAACCCCCAUCAUGAUAACCACGAUCCCCGGGUACCCCAAGGCCGUCGACUUCUACACUAUUAACAUCGACCGCAUGCAAGUCAACGGCAAGCCCAUCCCUACCUCCGGCGGAUCCGCUAUCGAAUACAUUAUUGAUUCCGGCACGACGCUCAACUACAUCCCCUCGUCCGUCGCGAAGGCUAUCAAUGCCGCGUACGAGCCGCCCGCGAAGUACAGCGCUGCCGGUGGUGCAUAUGUUGUGCCCUGCAACGCUAUGCCUCCGGCUGUUAGUGUGGAUAUUGGCGGUACGGCGUUCCCGAUCAAUCCGCUGGAUAUGAUUAUACAAAUGGCGAAUGACACUUGUGUUAGCACGUGGAAUGAUGGGGGACCUUCAAUCUCGCACGAUUUGUAUAUUUUGGGAGACGCGUUUAUGAAAAACGUGGUUAGUUUGUUCGAUGUUGGGGCUGCGAGUAUGCAGUUCGCGGGAAGGGAGUUUUAG